AUGGUGGUGGUAGACGCGAGGAUAUGGACCCAUAGUCAAUGGGAAGGAGGAGCCAUGGCGUUGGUUGAGGAGGAGAGGUCAGCUGCUGUCUCUGAAGUCAACUUUGUGGCUGGUACAGAAGAGUUUGAGGUUCAAAAGAAACGUCUCGAAUGUGGCACAAGCCAGGAGUCUGCGAAAGGAAGAAGAAUUUAUGUACCCCAAGAGGAGAGGUCGGCUCUUUAA